CGGGGUCCCGAUACGCUAAAUACAACAUCCUCCAAACCUUCUCCGUCCCAUGAUCAAGCUUACGGACCGACCGAAAACCAUGGCACAGGAGCAUCGUGUUGACUUAAGUAGACGGUCAUGACUGAACGGAACGUAGUGCUGGUGACCGGUGCUGGGGGUUGGUUGGGGAGCUUGCUUGUGAACGCCCUCUUGGAUGAUCCAAAGACUCCAGAUGUGCAGCUUGUGCUCGUUGACAUUGUAGAGCCCAAGGCACCCGCAGGCGCGAACGCGAUAACCAUCAAGGCCGACUUGACGGAUCCAAGCCAAGUUGACGGCAUCUUCCAGACAUCCCAUGGAAUCCCCGACACGGUGUACUGCCUUCAUGGUAUCAUGUCCCGCGGGGCGGAGGACAACUUCGACUUUGGGCUGAAGGUCAAUGUGGAUUCGGUCCGAUUGGUACUGAACGCGGCUCGUCGAUUUGGUUCUGACAUCGGACGCCCACUAAAGUUCAUAUUUACAUCUUCCCUGGCCGUAUAUGGCGGGCCUCUGCCUGAAGUAAUCAAACCCGACACGAUUGCGACGCCCCAAGGCUCGUAUGGAGCGGGUAAGCUCCUCUCUGAAAUCCUGAUUAACGAGUACACGAGGAGAGGUUUCGUCGACGGUCGCAUUAUCCGGCUACCCACCAUUGUCGUCCGCCCCGGUGCUCCUUCAGCAGCGACCUCUUCAUUCCUAUCUGCUAUCAUCCGUGAGCCGCUGAAAGGUAUCGAGACCACAUGCCCCAUCGGCAACUCGCUCUCCUCCCCGGAGCUCGACCUCGCAGUAUGGGUCGCGAGCCCCGAAACCACUGUCAAGAACUUCAUCAUCGCGAAGCACGUCCCCGCCGCCGCCUUCGCGCCGCACACGCGCGUGGUGUGCGUGCCGGGGUUCACCGCGACGGUGCGCGAGGAGCUCGCGGCACUCGAGCAGGUCGGGGGCAAGGAGGCGGUGGCGCGGGUGAGGUUCCAGGACGACGCGACGAACCGGCGGAUCGUGAGCAGCUGGCCGGCGCGGUUCGAUAACGCGUACGCGCUGUCGCUGGGGUUUGCGGUGGACGAGGGCGGGAUGGUGCCUGUUGUCGAGCGGUUCAAGCAGCAAGUCCAGGCGGGCCUUGCGUGAUGGUGGUGCGGCCUUCGCUUGCCAAGUUUGCUCGGGUUGCCUUUCGCAGACCGCGCGGGUGUAC